AUGUCUAGCCAGCCUCUUCUCCAGACUGCCCCUGGCAAACGUAUUGCCCUGCCGACCCGAGUCGAACCGAAGGUCUUCUUCGCCAACGAGCGGACGUUCCUGUCAUGGCUCAACUUCACCGUCAUUCUCGGCGCCUUGGCCAUCGGCAUGCUCAACUUCGGAGACCGCCCCGCCUUCAUCUCCGCCUUCCUGUUCACCGGCGUAGCCAUGCUUACCAUGAUAUACGCCUUGUUCACCUACCAUUGGCGAGCCAAGUCGAUAAGAGUGAGGGGUCAAGCCGGGUUCGACGACCGCUUCGGCCCAUCCGUGCUCGCCAUCAUCCUCCUGCUCGCUGUCGUGGUGAACUUCGUGCUGCGCAUAACGUACUCGGGCGCAGAGGGAGGCAGGAAACCCUAG